CCAAAUCCAGCCGUGAACUUGUCAGAUUCUAAGCUGGAAGACCAAGGCUCUUAGAAUCUGGGUCGUAGGAACGAGGCCUCUAGAAGCACGUACCUCGCACCACGUAUACUUGUGCCGGUCUCCGAGCGAAUUCAUUCCGCCUCGCAAGCUUGUACUGUUUCUGCGUAGCCAUGGCUGCAUUGCAUGCGGUGUCACAUGUUACCGGGCUCUCGUCCAUAGCCCGUGCUUCUCCCAGCGUUCUUUCAGCUCAACGGAAUUCCUUGUUUCAGGCACCUCAAACGGCUCACCCUGCCGAUAGGUGCCUUUUGCGAGGCGAUUUUCUGCAGAGAGGUUGUUUGCGAGCAGCCACGUGGCAAACGGGCACUGGUGGCCAGGGACUGUCGCAAUCGCUGGUUCUUGGGCGGAAUGAUCCGGCGUCGAGACAAGGCCGUGUUUCAGUGACCGUGCGCGCAUCAGCAGCGGGGUUCGACGAGAUGGUAGCGGGGAGAACGCGCAAGUACUACAUGGUGGGGGGAAAGGGCGGCGUGGGGAAGACCAGCGUGUCGGCGGCUCUCGCAGUGAAAUUCGCCAACGAGGGCCAUCGCACACUCGUAGUUUCCACCGACCCCGCCCACUCCCUCAGCGACUCGUUCGCUCAGGACGUGUCGGGGGGGAUUCCUAUGGCUGUGGAGGGCACCGACCUGCCUCUGUUCGCCAUGGAGAUCGACCCAGAGCAGGCGCGGGAGGAGUUCCGGACGGCAACCAGCAAGGACGGCGGGAAGGGCGUGAAGGACUUCAUGGAUUCCGUGGGGCUGGGCGGCUGGGUUGACCAGCUGAGCGAGCUGAAGCUGGGCGAGCUGCUAGACACUCCGCCUCCUGGGCUGGACGAAGCAGUCGCCAUCGCUAAGGUGGUGCAAUUUAUGCAGGCGCCAGAGUACAGCAACUUUACUCGCAUCAUCUUUGAUACCGCACCCACGGGUCACACGCUUCGCCUCCUCUCACUCCCUGAUUUCCUCGAUGCUUCCAUUGGGAAAAUCCUGACACUCAAAGCCAAGAUCAGCUCGGCCACGUCAGCAGUCAAGUCUUUAUUCGGGCAGGAGGAUGGGAAACCCGACACGGCAGUAGAGAAGCUCGAGCAGCUGAAGGAGCGCAUGGUGAUGGUGAGGGAGAUAUUCCGGGACCAGAAGGCCACAGAAUUCAUUAUAGUCACAAUCCCUACAGUCAUGGCCAUCAACGAGAGCUCCCGCCUGCUCAAGUCAUUGGAAAAGGAGGGCGUUCCUGUGAAGCGGCUUAUAGUGAAUCAGAUCCUGCCCAAGUCUAAUAGCGACUGCAAGUUCUGCAACAUAAAGCGCAAGGACCAGCAACGGGCUCUUGACAUUGUUCAAGCUGACCCAGAGCUGAGCCACUUGAGGGUGAUUCAGUCCCCACUCUUCGACCUUGAGAUCCGGGGCGUGCCUGCACUCAAGUUCAUGGGCGAUCUGGUGUGGCGGUAGUGGCUAGUUCUGGGACUUGCUUCGAGACACGUUGAGGGUCAUUCAAUCUGCACUCUUUGACCUUGAGCUUCGUUGCGUGCCUGCACUCAAGUUCAUGGGUGACCUGUGUCAACUUAUCCAUAUGUUUGUAUGUCGAAGUUAUAGGCUAGCGGGGUUUGUGCUCUUAAAGCCCGUCCGGCAGGUUGCAUAUUAGUCCUGUUGAAGUAAGUGGGGCGGCAGAUUAAGAUUGGUUGACGAGGAAAAAGAUAAGCGAAAUGUUUUUUGCGAAACUUCAU